GUCUGUCCAGAGCUCUGGACCUGAUUUUGACCGGGCGGCCCGUCGGAGCACAGGAAGCUCUCGCCUAUGGACUGGCCAACAGGGUUGUCCCAGACGGGCAAGCACAGGAUUGCAGGCGGCCCUGCAGUUAGCCAAGCAGAUCAGCUCCUUCCCGCAAGAGUGCAUGAGGGCCGAUCGCUCCUCGGCCAUCUACAGCUGCUACGACGCGGCCUCCGUCACACAGGCGAUGCAGUAUGAGAUUGAUCACGGAGCACCAGUCAUCUUGUCAGAAGCUGUUGCUGGGGCAAUUCAAUUUACGACUGGAACUGGGAGAGGAGGAAACUUUUCUUGAGCCUUUGGACAAGGCGACUGACGCGCUCGCUCGCCUGCUCGCUCACUCAGCCCCGAGAGCGCAGUGGGACAACACCAUGACCCUCGGUUGGCUUGCCUUGGUCGGAUUGUGCUUGGGAGCCUAUUACUGCACCUCCCCGGCGGCGGCGGCGGCGGCAGCGGGGAACCACUACUCACUGGACGGGAGCGGCCAAGUGCACCAAGGCUUCAUCCAGCGGCGCCUCAGGACGCACGAGAGGAGGGAGAUGCAGAAGGAGAUCCUCUCCAUCCUGGGUCUACCGCACAGACCCAGGCCGCAUCUUUCCCACGCCAAGUACAACUCGGCACCGCUCUUCAUGUUGGACCUGUACAACACCAUCUCCAGCGGGGGGGACACGAGCCGAGCGGACGGCGCGUCGGAGCUCUACGAGCCCAUGAGGACCACGCGGAGCCCGCCGCCGCCGCCGCCGCCGCUGGCCACCUUUCAAGAAGCGGCUUUCCUCAACGACGCUGACAUGGUGAUGAGCUUCGUUAAUUUGGUGGAGCACGACCGUGAGCUUUCCCUGCAGCGGCGUCAGCACAAAGAGUAUAAGUUCAACCUGUCGCAGAUCCCCGAGGGCGAGGCCGUCACCGCCGCCGAGUUCCGCCUCUACAAGGAGUGCGUGAGCCGAGCCUUCUGCAACGACACCUUCCUGCUCAAAGUCUACCAAGUGGUCAAGGAGCACCCAGACAGAGAGGCCGAUCUUUUCCUGCUGGAGUCUCGCAGGCUGUGGGCGCUGGAAGAGGGCUGGUUGGAGUUUGACAUCACGGCCACGAGCAACCUGUGGGUGAUGAGUCCACUGCAUAACCUGGGCCUCCAGAUUAGCGUGGAGACCAGCAGCGGAAAGAGCAUUAGUCCCAAAGAUGCUGGGCUGGUGGGGCGCGACGGCGCUCUGGAAAAGCAGCCUUUCAUGGUGGCCUUCUUCAAGGUCAGCGAAUUGCACUUCCGCAGCGCCCGCUCCACCGGCGGCAAACGUCGCCAGCAGAACCGCAAUCGAUCCACGCAAACGCAGGAGGCGUCCAGAGGGCCCAGCCAAGCAGACUACAACGGCAGCGAUCAGAAGGCGGCCUGCAGAAAACACGAGCUCUACGUCAGCUUUCGAGAGCUGGGCUGGCAGGACUGGAUCAUCGCUCCCGAAGGCUACGCCGCCAACUAUUGCGACGGCGAGUGCUCCUUCCCUCUCAAUGCCCACAUGAACGCCACCAACCAUGCCAUUGUACAGACUCUGGUGCACCUGAUGAAUCCCGAGAAUGUCCCGAAGCCCUGCUGUGCCCCCACCAAGCUCCACGCUAUCUCUGUGCUCUACUUUGACGACAACUCAAACGUCAUUUUGAAGAAAUACAAGAACAUGGUGGCCCGCACAAGGUGUUCAACACUGAAAGAUGGUUGAGUGCUUACACAAACGUUGCUUGGAAAAGGAUUUAAAGGGACUCCGUGUCAUUUCAUGGCAACCUCCAGGAAAGAUGCUCCAAGUGAUCCUGAUUGUGGUGCGAGUGGGCAAAACUAAACUGUGAUUGGACCAGUGCUGCUUUCAUGCCUGCCCCUCCCUUUCAUUUUCAGUCACCCUUCAUAAGACAUUAGGACAUGCUCAUUUUGUCUUCUUACGCAUUAGAGUGGAAUUUAUUAUCCUCAUUCUGGAUUAAUGGCCAGCAUUCUCCCAGUGGCUGUAAAAUUCUUAUCAACACUUGCGUACGAGUUCAAGUGGCAGCCAAAGUCCCUGCAGGAGAUAAUCCCAUUCUCGGCAAAGGGAAAGGUUCCGGGUAAGUAUUGGUCAACCGACUCAUGUAUCCCAUCAACACAUCAGUAAGCCAUUAAAGUCCCUGUAAAGUGAAAAUAAAUGUCUUAUAAAUUUGACAAGCCAUAAAGAGUAAU